UCAUGCUGCUGCUACUGCUCAUCUCUCUGCUCCUGGUCUCCCCGGUGGCGCCGUCCCAUUACAUGGCGUCCAUGUCCAAGGUCCAAUUCAAGGGAAAAGAUGACGAUGGAAACUGGCUGGUAAAGAUUGGUCUUUUGUCCUGUUCAUUUGGAGUGUUUUUACUGUUUUAUUGAAGAAACCAGCCACUUGGUGGAGUCCAAGUGUGUGUGUAGGAUAUUUUAUCAGUGUGGUGCGAGAUGUCAUCGUGAUCAAAUGACGGAUAUACUGUAUGCAGAUGUUUUCUUAUAUGCUAUUUAUAUUCAUAGGUGAUGAGUAACAUUAUUACUAUUAAAAAAUGACAUCACAAAGUAAAAGGGCUAAAACAAAGGAGGUCUAUCUCUGGGGAAUCACACUGCUUGUUGAGAAGCUGAAUAAUAAUAAUAUAUACAUAAACGAUGAAUUAAUCUCAAUUAAUCGCAGUUUAAUCGCAUAACAAUAUUUGCCGCAUUUUUCAAUUUGAAUGAAUUUGGUAUAUUAGUGAAAUUAAUGAUGGACCCAUACACACAUUUAAAUAGCAAAAUAUUGUUUAUUUUGCAUCAGUUUGACAGUAGCACCAUAAAUCACAAUGGUGGCUAUAUUCAAGUUUUUAUAUCACCUUAUUUAAACUAAAGCUCUUUUAAUAUUUGUAUAACAAUUUAAAUUUUAUAUUCAGAGUAGUGGAAACCCUGGCCAUUGUGUAGGGAAAAACAUCCCUGAACAAAAGCAAACAGCAGAUGCUUUUGUUUGCUUUGGUUCAGGGACGAUUCCUCCAUGUUUGUUGUUGUUGUUCUCAUCCUAGCUGCCACGUGUCUUGUGCAUCAGACCGAAGCUUUCAGCAGGUGAUCCAUCACCAAAGACAGACCUUCGAGUACUGCAGCUGGGAGUCCUGGAAUUGCUUCCAGGGGAACUGUGGCUCCACGUUAACACCAAAUAGUGGCAUAAUAGACCAAAGCUCCACCGAUCCUGACGACGACAGACAUUGGUGUGAAAAUGAAAAAAUCUAUCCGAGAGUGCUUGAAGCUGACCUUCCAUUCACCUUGAGGGUGAGGACCUGCUGUUGGAUCGACACACAAAACGAUCUCGAUGACAUGACAUUCCUGGCCACAGUGGAUCUGGGAGAAAGAUCUGACACGACUAAACCUAACGACUCACCAGACAUCUGCAUCCUACCGUACUUACGAGUUCCCCAAAACUGCCCUCGGUCUUUCCAGAUUCACACUUUGGAUCCUGAAGGAGACGCGGUCCGUUGCAGAUACGGCAAACGAGGAACCGACGAGUGCUACGAUUGUUUGCAAAACAGCGGAUUUGUAUUACACGAGGACACGUGCGUACUGGAUUACCAGCAGGCUUCAAGUAACACUGACCCUGUUGGUUUUGAGUUGGUGGUAGAAGAGUACCCUCAACAGGAAAUUACACUGUCUUACACCGACGGAGCCAGCAAAACUAGGUGUCCCCAUGGGUCAACCAACCCCACGCCCCCAUGCUCCAACACUGACCCACUUAGCAGACACUCACUGCAGCUUGUAGUGAAAGUUGACCCAGCAGUUUCGACUUGCACAGCGGGUGAAUUCAUCCCAGCAUUGUUGAGCCCAACUCCAGAUGACGGGGAUCACAUCACGGCUGAGGUCGACAAAGAGUUGGAGAUCCUCAUCGAAGCAAAUGCACAGCAGUCCACAGUCCACGACGUCAUCUUUAGCGGACAUCAGAAUUUCACUAAACACAAAACCACCAGCCAAGGAUUUGCUCUGAGGUGGACCCCCAUCAUUGAAAAUAAGGAUGAAGUCUUUACAUUUUGCUUUGCUGUGGAGUCCCUCGCCGGGUCUCGGGUGUUUCAUUCUGAAAUGAGAUGCGUCAUCAUAGACGUCAUUCAUAAAAUCUUGCAUGUAGCCGUGUCCUGCAGUCCAAGCACGAUGACCGUCGCCGUCCAUAAAAACCUCCCUGGCAUCUCUGAGGAACACUUUGCCCUCACAGACCCAACAAAUGCAGUCUGCAGCCUCUUGACGCACUCGAACAACACUCACAUCAUCGCCAGCUUCCCGCUCAACUCCUGCGGAACUGAGAUCGAGGAAGACAACGAAAAUCUGCUUUUCAAGAACACUCUAACUGCGGUAGACCAACCCGGAGAGGUCAUCUCUCGGAAGGACCUGGUGCACUUGGACUUCCACUGCAAGUACAGCAAACACGGGGUUGUGUCUCAGGGAUUUUCGUCUCACCGGGAGAGCGUCACUGUGUCAGAGGAAGGCUUCGGUACAUUCAUCUACCAGUUCGAGUUCUAUGAAGACAACAGCUUCACCACCAAGAAGGAUCCAUCUUUGUACCCUCUGGAGUACGAGAUUGGCUCCAAGAUCUACAUGCAGAUUGACACCACUUCAGCCAUUAACACUGAGCUGUUUGUCGAGUCCUGCAAAGCUUCACCGUAUGACAACCCCAACUACACGCCGACCUACUCCAUCAUUGAGAACGGAUGUAACGUGGACUCGACGGUGGUGGUCAGUCCCACGCCACAUUCGAAGCAGUUCAGAUUCUUCAUGGAUGCCUUCAGGUUCAUUGGAGUGCAUGAGCAGGUCUACAUCAGCUGCUCAGUCCUGGUCUGUGAAGUCGGGAACGCAAACACCCGCUGCUCCCAAGGCUGCAUCACCCCUAAAGUCAGAGUCCAACCCAAAGCUAAACCCAGAGCCAAAGACAAAGCCAAGGCCAAGGCCAAAGCCAAAAUCCAGGCCAAAGCCCAUAACAUCAGCAAACGAGAGGCAGACUUCCAGACUUCAAGGCAUUUCAUCUCUCAGGGCCCUCUCCGCCUCAAGAGGUCAGCAGAGGUCGCCACAGCCCCAGAUAUGAACCUGAAUCUCAACCUGAACUUGGUCUUCAUCGUUGGGGCUCUUCUCGCGGCCGUGGCCACGGUGAGCGUGACGUCCUACCUGAAGAGAAGGAUCUCUUACGUCAAAUAUCAACAGCUCUCCAGCUCUGAAUUGUAAUCUGCUUCGAGCUGCACUGACUCGCUUCACUGCGCGAUUGACACAACUUCCUCUUACGUGAUCGGGCUCGCAGUUCUGCUGUGAUCGGGGCAUCAUCCAGAUUAUAGGGGCGCUGCCCUUAUUCUACUCAACGGAAGGGUUUGGAUUCAUUCACUUAUCUAUAGAAAACCAAUCAUCUCCUCCAUUUUCAAUAGUGAAUCAUGUUUUUAAACUUGAGGUUUGGGGAUUGUUUGCUUCCGUUCAGUUGAUUUGACAAGAAGUACGGUAAUAAAGCGAUUCCACAGAGUGGAGCAUGUUUUCAUGAGUCGGCUGCUUUUUACCGGUGCAUCAUACAAUAAAUGAACUGUGUUUUUACUCUGCGUGAUGCACCGCCACGUACGAGAGCGCUUCUCUACAAUCUGAAUGAAUGUAUUCUGACCUAUAUGUGAUAUUAAGUCUUCGCUGCUUACAUGACGCGAAAAGAUCCCUGAUAGCAAAAUGUUUCUGGCCUGGAAGUGGGUUGGAUGUGGGCUCCUUUACGGAUCCGGGCUUCAUGCUGGGACUCAUUGUAUGGUAUUGAAAACUUGCAUCCCAAAACUUCUUUGGAUCAGAGAAGUGACAAAUAGUGUCAGUACUUUGA